AUGGCAUCUCAGAGCAUUAAAGACAGCAGAUGGAUCGGGGUUCCUGGGGAAAUUCGAGGUUAUGCAGAGGCACACAGGCGUUACGGGAAGUUGCCGUGGGCCACCGUCUUUGAGCCGACCAUCCGACUGGCCAGAGAAGGGUUCCCUAUUCCUUAUGUCCAAGGUCUACAGAUCCCACGCAUUGCUAAUACGUCACUACGGAAGUUAUAUUCAGAUGAGAACGGGAACCUGCUUAAAAUCGGUGAUAUUGUGAAAUUUGAGAAACUGGCUGAUACUUUGGAGAUGAUUGCAAAGCAGGGGCCAGAUGUGUUUUACAACGGAAGCAUAGCAGAGGAUUUAAUCCAUGACAUACAGCAAGCAGGAGGAACACUCACACUGCAGGACUUGGCAUCAUAUAAAGUUACAGUGACUGAUGCGUGGACUGUUCCUUUGGGAGAGUACCAGAUGUACUUCCCCCCACCCCCUGCAGGAGGAGCCAUCCUUAGCCUCAUCCUCAACAUCAUGAAAGGUUCCUGUCAGACACUGACUGCAGAGCUGCUGCUCACCUACACUUUGAAAUCACAAAAUGAGGCUUGUUGGAUCAUUUUGUUUUGA